CUGCCUAAUGCCGGCAAGAGCACGUUGCUGGGGGGCAUCACGGCGGCCAGGGCCAAGGUCGGCAGCUACGCCUUUACCACCGUACGGCCACAGCUGGGUACGAUCAUCUACGAUGACGGCUGCCGGCUGGUUGUGGCGGACAUCCCGGGUCUCGUGCAGGGUGCUCAUGCCAACCGGGGCCACGGCAACGCCUUCUUGCGACACAUUGAGCGAUGUCGCUGCAUGGCCUUCGUGGUGGAUCUGUCAGGAGGGCAGGUCAGU